AUGUCUGCCACUCAGAUCCCCGCCGGUAAAACCUGGUUCGACACGCACAAAGUGCACUUUGAAGACGUCCCCGUGUCCGCCGACCAGGAGAUCUCGACCAGCGAAUUCCUCGAUGCCGCCGAAGCAACCACCACCCUCUUUGACCUCUUAGGCUCGGUGGCUUUCACGCCGGUGAAGAAUGACAUGAUGAACAACGUGACCAAGGUCCGCGAGAGACAAAAGGCCGCCCCUGAGAGUUCGGCCACGCUCCAGUCCCUCUGCAAGGCCGAGCUGGCCUCGAAAUCCCACAAGGCCACCGAAGGUCUUUUGUGGCUGGUGCGAGGACUCGACUUCACCGCACAGGCGUUGAGAGCGGACCUGACGAGCAACGCAGCCGUCGCACCCACCGACGCGAAGCCGAACAAGGAGUUGGCCGACAGUUUCAGGGCAGCGUACAAGAACACACUGGCACCUCACCAUGGAUUCCUGGUCAAGCCGAUCUUCAGUGCGGCCAUGAGUGCUACACCUUACCGAAAGGACUUCUACCUGAGAUUGGGUGGUCCAGGAACAGACCCCGAGGUCAUCAGGGAGGCUCUGGAGAAGUGGGUGGCUGCAUUGGAGAAACUGGUGGCCAUUCUGAAAGCGUUCCUGGCUAGCAAGGAGGCCAAGUGGUAG